UGACCACGAGCUUGCACUGGUUACUGCCAUAGAAACACUAGGAUAGUCUACGAUCAGUGACAUAUUAGGCGAGCACGUACGACUGAGCUACGGCAAUUUAAUAGACGAAUUACUGAACCACACACGAAGCACUUCGGAAAACAUAGAAAACGGUUACUUUCUCUUUAAAUGCUCUGUGUUGUUCUGCAUAAUAUACAGGAAGUGUGAGGGGUGUUCCCGACGCAAUUUUCUCCAGCUGAUCGAGGGAGGCAGACCAGAGUCUUCUCCUUGAGUCACAUAGAGAAUUUAAACAUUCAGCUGUCGCUUUGUUUCCAGAGGACAGUGGGCUUUUAAAUAUUGUUUGUUGUUAAUUCCCGAUUACCCCGUGGCUAUAGGGGAGAUACUUCCUAACCUCCCCACGUUCUCCCCUCGCGGUUGUCUCCCUCUCGGCCGGGUGGAUCUGCCGUGGUAAGACUGUCAUGAGCCCGGGCUGGGGAUGGCAUCUUUCCCCAGUGUUUGUCAGACGGUCGGGAUGGUGGAGGAAGAGAACGGAGAACUUGACCACUCUCUGCAGGAGAUGUUAAAGUCUAUAGCCGACGAACGGAAUCGUCUCACUGUCAGACAAGAAAGUAGUGGACUUGGGUGUUUUAAGGAUGACCGCAUCGUGUUCUGGACAUGGAUGUUCUCCAACUACUUCAUGGAGAAACUUUCACCGAGGGAACAGGAUGACAUGUUGUUCUACGUCCGUAGGAAGCCGUCCUAUGUCAGCCCUGACCAAUCAGAGGGCAAGAAGGUGGAAGUGGAGGUCUACAGGAGAGACUCUAAGAAGCUUCCAGGUCUGGGAGACCCUGACAUUGACUGGGAGGAGAGUGUUUAUCUCAACCUCAUUCUCAUGAAGCUGGACUAUGUUGUGACCUGUGCGGUCUGCACACGCUCAGAUGCAGGAGACAUCCACAUCCACAGGAAGAAGUCUCAGCAAGUGUAUGCAUCGCCAAGUAAACACGCCAUGGACAGUAAAGGGGAGGAGUCUAAAAUGAGCUACCCCAACAUCUUCUUCAUGAUUGACAACUUUGAGGAGGUGUUCUGUGACAUGACUGUUGGGGAGGGGGAGAUGGUGUGUGUAGAGUUGGUUGCCAGCGAUAAGGGCAACGUGUUCCAGGGAGUCGUGUUCCAGGGGUCGAUCCGCUACGAGGCUCUGAAGAAGGUCUACGACAACCGAGUGAGCGUGGCGGCUAAGAUGGCCCAGCGCAUGUCGUUCGGCUUCUAUAAGUACAACAACAUGGAAUUCGUCAGGAUGAAGGGGCCUCAGGGCAAAGGUCACGCAGAGAUGGCGGUGAGCCGUGUUCCUACCGGAGACACGUCCCCCUGUGGCACAGAGGAAGACCAAGACUCACCUCUACACGAGAGGGUGACAUCCUUCAGUACCCCUCCCACCCCAGAGAGGAAUCGUCCCUCGUUCUUUUCCCCCUCUCUCCGUCGAAAGGUCCCCAGGAACCGCAUUGCUGAGAUGAAGAAAAGUCACUCAGCCAACGACAGUGAAGAGUUCUUCAGGGAAGAGGAUGAUGAGGACAUGUGUAACCAGUCUAAUCUUCGCUCUCGCUCCCUUUCGGGGACCGGCCGCUCCCUGGUGGGGUCCUGGCUCAAACUCAACCGUACAGAGGAGUACUUCCUGCUUUACUCUCAUCUGACCUAUGUGACCCUUCCGCUGCACCGCAUCACCACAGAUAUCCUGGAGGUGAGACAGAAACCCAUCCUGAUGACAUAGCAGAUCAGAUCUCUAGUCCACUUUACUGCCCCAGAGCCCAGAACCUCCUACAAAGUGCCUACUUGCAUCAGGCCCUGACAGACAAUACAACACUACCAUCUAGUGGCAACAUGGGGAACUGCAACAACUACCACCAUGUAUCUGGUGGUGAGGGAGGAAUAACAGCUACAUUACUGUCACCCAGUGGUGACAUGAAAAACCACUGCAACACUACCACCACCUGGUGGAGAGACUGUGGAAUUUCAACCAAACCUGGAGUUAACAGCAAGAGAGCACCAAAAGGGAAACCCUUGGAACAAUGAAAACCAGCCAAUCAAGAAGUGCCUCUACCCUCAGUCAUGUUUCUGUUUUAUCAGGAUUCACAGUCUGUGCAAAAUGGUUGCUAGGGUAACAGGCAUAGCAAGACAUUCUGUGAUUUAACAUGUUGGGAUCACAUGACCUCUAAGUGAUGCACCAUUGGCUGAACUCUGCCCAGGAAGGAAAAGGACUUAGAAUGUUUCUGGAUUAAUCUUAAAUGGUACCCUAUUCCCUUUAGAGUGCACUAUUGUACCACCCUAGUCCCUUUAGAGUGCGCUGACGUUGUCUGGUGAACUAUGUGGUUAACCCUGACAUAGAGCUCUAUUUAGAUAUGUAUUUUUUACUGAAUAGACUGAAAACAUUUCUCAUUUACAGCUACAACCCGGGGAAAGUUCUAGACACAUACCCGAAAACCAAAUGUAAGGAAGGGAAUAGGAUGCAUUUUAGGAUGAUGCCUCUGGUCUCCUGUAAAUAUCCUGCUGCUGAACUCACGGAGAAGCCUUGAGAAAGGUUACACAUCUUCUGACGCCACAAAGCUUCUCUCUGUUUUGUUGUAUGUUUCUGUCUGCGACGCUUGCCGUGUGAGGGCAGGGUUAAAGGGACUGUGUGUCUGAAUUGGUCCCACGUUUUGGGCUGUCUUGUCAGUUUCUUAGAGUGCCAAUCACUCAUGGACAUUUACUCUCUGCAGCCCAGUUCAGCUGACCGGACCCUGGAGAAAUCUAUAAGGGACAGACUGAAUUAUUUAGUUUAAUAGCAGUUUAACCCUUGCUGGAAAAAUUUAAUUAUGAUCCAUGUUUUAAAAAAAAAACAAUUGACUUAAAAAUAAGGCUGGAGUAAGGUGAGUAAAUGUAGAACCUCGUUCUUGUUCCACGUUAUGGUUCCACUGGUCAUAUAACAGGGAUGAAAGUGUUAGUAAGAAACUGUCAUAAACAUCUACCUGACCCCUCGUCCCUAAAAACCUACUCCAACUGACCCCUCGUCCCUAAAAUCCUACUCCAACUGACCCCUCGUCCCUAAAAAUCCUACUCCAACUCACCCCCCGUCCCUAAAAACCUACUCCAACUCACCCCCCGUCCCUAAAAACCUACUCCAACUCACCCCCCGUCCCUAAAAACCUACUCCAACUGACCCCUCGUCCCUAAAAUCCUACUCCAACUGACCCCACGUCCCUAAAAUCCUACUCCAACUGACCCCUCGUCCCUAAAAUCCUACUCCACCUGACCCCUCGUCCCUAAAAUCCUACUCCAACUGACCCCUCGUCCCUAAAAUCCUACUCCAACUGACCCCUCGUCCCUAAAAUCCUACUCCAAAUCAUUGAGAAAACGUUGGAACAUUUAAACCAUGAAUCCUUCCAUCUUCGUAAAGGGAGGGGUUGGACGAGUGCUUGCGUUGAACACAAUAGAGAUCUGAAAUAUGAUUACCGAUGAGGACAAUUGGCCUAACCCCCUCUGAUCAACAGAAAAUGGAUGUCCAUUGCAACGAGACCAGAGAAUUUCUUCUGUAUUCAAACAGGCUCCUCAUUUGCGUCUAACCGUUAAUGAAACAAAGCUUAUGCUGUUAUUCAAUCUAAACCGCCAUCAUUGUAAUCAGUUUAUUAACAAUAUUUAUCCCUUAAGUGUUAAUAUGCUACGCUAACAACAUUCCUCCUGCCAGCGCACGUAGUCCUCUGAAGUGAAAACACCUGUGAGGGAGGUCGGACUGGGGGCCUGUAGGUUUUGAUACCUUAACCCAGUCAGAUACUGGAUUCCAUCUGACAGCAGGUUAUAUGCAUUGAAGCUUUUCCGAUUGAGCCAACAUUUGCAGCAAUUACCAUGAAUGGUAAUCUCUAUGGAGGGCAAUCUCUGCAAACACUGCUUUCUUAAAAGGAAAAAUAUGUAAGAUUUCUACUGUACUACUACCAUAAAAAA